CCUUCUUCUUCAUUAUAUACAUCUUCUUCAUUUUCCUGUCCCUUCUUUUCAUUUGAUUUAGAUAUACAUAAACUGACGUUUUUACGCUCUAUUGCAAUAUAUAGUUGGUUUCUAUUGCUUGUACUAUGUUUCGCUCUCCUCAUCAUCAGUUAACAAACUCUAUUCCCUCAAAAGACAGGGUAGGCUACAACAGAGUCGAGCAGUCUUAUUCAUCUAGGAAUGAACUGGGCAAUGAACGUAUAGAAGAGCACAGUAUAGAUUACAGGAAUUCUACUCAAAGUAAUCAGUCUCCAACCUCCAAAGCACGAACGAGAUCAAUGUCUAUACAUGAUUUGCUAGGUACAUAUCGCGAAUCUGUUGCCAGCGACCUUUGCCAAUAUAGUUUUAUCUUGGAACCUAACAUUGUCGUUUUCAUAUUUUUCUGAACUAUGUCAGAUAGUCAAGCCGAGUCACGAGAUUCCAUAGAUAACUUGAACUGCACGAGCAGACAUAGCAAUGCAAGUAUGCUUAGCCAGCAGCCUUUACCGCCGCCAUCACCCUCACCAACGCCAUUACCAUUGUCUUCUACGGCUCGCAGUAAAUCGAUAUCAUUACUACAGGAGAAACCAGCGCCUAACUCGCACCAUUAUUAUCAUGGUUCAAACUUGCAACAACAGACGUUUCGCACACCAUCGUAUUCUCGAGAACAACAAAAAGAAGCAACUCAUUUUUACCAUCCAUAUCCGUUCAGAAAUCCUGAAAAAGCUCUUUCGCCUCAACAACAAUAUCAUCAACCAAAAGUAAGAAAGACUACAGCCUUUCGUUCUGUCACCUCGAUAGAUGAUAGAAGCAGCUAUGACUAUUCAACUUAUCAACAGCAAACAGAAAAAACGCACAACAGAAGCAUUUCAUUUUCGUCGCCAAAUGCGCUUCAAAAUCAAAUAUCAAGCACAAAUAACUGGUCGCUGGCACAACAACCGCAGUCGACACGUCACUCACUACCUUAUACCAUCUCUAAUGAAGCCCUAAAUAUGAUAUCACCUCAUAAUAGUACUCAGCGAUCUCAAAAUGAAAAACCAGUCCAUAGUAGCAAAAAGACCCCAAGCCGAAAAAAUAAUGCCUUACAAGCCUAUAUAAGUUAUAUGACUUACACUGACAUUAUGCGACGUAAUAGGAAACAGCAAGUACUGCAAAAACAGCUACAACAAUUAAAACCUCUAGAGCAACAAAACAAAGUAGUAUAUGAAACAGAAGCCAGCCAUAAUGAUAGUACCCAUGUUCACAACAGUACAAACAAUAAUAUUGUCGAACGCCCAUUGACAGAUUUUCUUCGAAUGUCAUGGCGAGAAUGAGCGUAGUAUUAGCGACCAGAAGAAAAAGAUUCGAAAAGUCAAGAACCAUAUUCACCACUUUAAAUAAUCUUACAAUUAUGCCAUACCCCGUCUACUGUAAAUAGCAUUACCAAUAAUAAAGCCUUUUUGUAUAUUUCCUUUGUAGAUAAAAAUUCCUACCAUUCAAAUAAAUAAAGGGAUAAAAGGAA